UUUCAAAGCAGUGUAAACUUAACCAGUCCAAAGUCCAAACCCAUAAAAUCUAAGCUAUGGGAACUUCUCUCAUCCGAACCGGUUCGUUCCCGGUCCAGAAACCUCUCCUUCCGGGUUCAACCCGGUUCUCUCUCUCGCGCCAAGCCUCUCUCGCCGGCGAUAAGAACCACCCUCUAUCGCCGAGGCUUUCACUGCAUUUCUGCUCCAACGGCCGCCGCGACACGCCAGCGAGCGGGAUCCAAAGAGCGUUCUCCGAAGGCUCGUUGAUUCGUUCCGGUAGUGACAAUUUCGGCCUUCGCCGGAAUCUGAAUCGGUCUCUCCCGGCGAUCAUACUAGACGAAGAAGAAUUCCUCACCGACGAGGACAGCACCGCUUACCGCCGGCCGGAGAGCAGAAUUCCGGUGGUGGAUCUCGGAUCAGGUUGUGGAUCCGGCUACGGAGGCGAUUACAGAAACGAUGCCGUCACCGGCGGGAACGGCGGUGAAAGGAUUAAAAUAGGCGCGUAUUAUGAGGAAAUGUUGAAGUCAAACCCUACCGACGCGCUUUUGCUGAGAAACUACGGCAAAUUUCUUCACGAGGUGGAGAAUGAUAUGGUGAAAGCAGAGGAAUAUUACGGAAGAGCGAUUCUAGCGAAUCCUAGCGAUGGCGAACUUCUUUCGUUGUAUGGGAAAUUGAUCUGGGAAAUGGAGAGAGAUCAAGAGAGAGCCCAAUGUUACUUUGAUCAGGCAAUUCAUGUUGCUCCUGAUGAUUGCACGGUGCUGGGAUCCAAUGCACACUUCAUGUGGGAAUCGGAGGAGGAGGUGGUUAACGGCGGAGGAAUGAAGGGGAAAGCGGAGGAAUCGGCGGCAGAGCUGAUCGCUGCUUGUUAAUAGGAAUUUUGAUUAACGGGCGUGAGAAUGCCACUUGUAUGUUAUAUUUCUAACUGACAUUGAAUGUGAAGGUUAACAAUAAUGGAGUCGUUUUGUUUGAUGUGUCUAACUAGAAGCUCCAAGAAACUCCGCAUCCAAGAAUAGAGACUGAAAGCGAAAUCUGUGUCAAUUGUAAUUAUUCUUUUCUACUUGUUCCUUCUGCUGGCUUGUACCUUGUAACUUAACAUGUAUCAUAUUAAUUAAAGCUAAAGAGUUAUGAACAAUUUUUGCAUGAA